UUUCUUUCUAAUUUCUCGAUCUAGUUGUCAAUAUCGUUCCGGCAAUCGUCUGAAAUAUAUUUCGUGUAUUUAGAAUUUAAGUUAAUUUAUUAGAUUUAGAAACAAUAAAAUUAUCAUGGGGGACUCCCUAGACGGGAGUGAAAGCGCCUCGGAAGCGCAAAACGUUGUUGCAGUAGAGUUUCAAGAUUUUGCCAAUUACCUGCGUAGAGCUGCAACGGUACUUUUACCUGAAGAUGACAUCGUACCACCAGCACUAAACGCUGCACUAGAUGACAAAGUCAACCAAGAUUGCAUUAGAAAGUUUAUUUCUGAUCCGCAAGUGUCGUCAUUGUAUGUUCAGCGUUUUUCGCUAAAAGAAGAUGAUAGUGAGCAGCCCACAGAAGGCGAAGAAGAGAAAGAGGCUGUUAAUUAUCACAUCAGCAAUGAGGUCCACUUCACAUCACCACGAGUUGCGGCAUUUGUGUGCAUCAAGCGUGGUGCAGUGAUUGAAGCUGAUAAAUCUAUACAUAGCCAGUUGCGUCUCAUUAAUCUCUCUGAUGGCUCACCAUAUGAGACUUUGCAUGCUUUCAUCAGCAAAACUAUGGCACCAUUCUUUAAGAGUUAUGUCAAAGAAAGUGGUAGAGCUGACAGGGAUGGAGAUAAAAUGGCACCAUCAGUGGAGAAAAAGAUAGCAGAGCUGGAGAUGGGGUUGCUGCAUUUGCAACAGAAUAUUGAUAUUCCAGAAAUCACUCUACCUGUUCAUCCUCUAGUUGCUACUGUUAUUAAAAGAGCUGCUGACGAAGGUCGUAAGCCGCGGGUCGCCGAUUUCGGUGACAAAGUGGAGGACUCAACAUUCCUAAACCAGCUGCAGAAUGGAGUCAACCGUUGGAUUAAAGAGAUACAGAAAGUAACAAAACUUGACCGUGACCCAUCAAAUGGAACAGCUUUACAAGAAAUAUCGUUUUGGCUCAAUCUUGAACGCGCGUUACAUCGCAUUCAAGAAAAACGUGAGAGUAUUGAGGUUGCCUUAACUCUGGAUAUACUGAAGUAUGGAAAGCGUUUCCAUGCGACCGUGUCUUUUGAUACAGAUACUGGAUUAAAGCAGGCGCUGGCCACAGUCUCUGACUACAAUCCACUUAUGAAAGACUUUCCCAUCAAUGAUCUACUAAGUGCUACAGAACUUGAGAGGAUCAGGUUGGCGGUGCAACAAAUAUUCUCUCAUCUCCGUAAGAUCCGAUCUACGAAAUAUCCCAUCCAGCGAGGUUUGAGACUAGUUGAAGCUAUCUCACGAGACCUGGGGCAGCAGCUCUUAAAGGUUCUGGGUACAAGACGCCUGAUGCAUAUUCCAUUUGAAGACUUUGAGAGGGUAAUGACUCAGUGCUUUGAAGUGUUUUCCUGUUGGGAUGAUGAAUUCGAAAAACUUCAAGGUCUCCUGAGAGAUAUAGUGAAGAAGAAGCGCGACGAGCACAUAAAGAUGGUGUGGCGCGUGUCGCCGUCGCACAAGCGGCUGCAGGCGCGCAUGGAGCAUAUGCGACGCUUCCGCCGGCACCACGAGCAGCUGCGCACCGUCAUGCUGCGCGUGUUACGUCCCCGUGUGACGGUAAACGCGGAGCAGGCCGGCGGGGAGGUGACGCAGCCGCUCUCGCUGCCCAUGGACGCCGCUGAUGCUAAUGCCAUCGCCGAGGUUAAUUUGGCGUACGAAAACGUGAAAGAAGUGGAUUGUUUGGAUAUAUCGAGAGAGGGAUGCGACGCGUGGGAAGCGGCUGUACGUCGUUAUGAAGAUAGAAUUGACCGCGUGGAGACCCGCAUCACGGCGCACUUGCGCGACCAGCUGGGCACGGCGAAGAACGCCAAUGAGAUGUUCCGCAUCUUCUCGCGGUUCAACGCGCUGUUCGUGCGGCCGCACAUCCGCGGCGCCAUCCGCGAGUACCAGACGCAGCUCAUACAGCGCGUCAAAGACGACAUCGAGACUCUACAUGAGAAGUUCAAGGUGCAAUACCCUCAAUCGAAAUGCAGUCGUCUCUCCCUGGUGCGCGACCUGCCGCCCGUAGCCGGCUCCAUCAUCUGGGCCAAGCAGAUAGACCACCAGCUCACUGCAUAUCUCAAGAGAGUCGAAGAUGUUCUUGGCAAGGGCUGGGAAAAUCACAUUGAGGGACAAAAAUUGAAAGCAGAUGGUGACAGUUUUCGUUUGAAAUUAGACACCCAAGAAGUUUUUGAUGAUUGGGCACGAAAGGUGCAGCAACGAAAUCUCGGAGUGUCUGGGAGAAUUUUCGCCAUAGAAUCAGUGCGCGCUCGGUCCAGCAAAACAGGGACGAUCUUGAAGCUUAAAGUUAACUUUUUACCUGAAAUUAUUACUUUAUACAAAGAAGUACGGAAUUUGAAGAAUCUUGGAUUCAGAGUUCCAUUGGCGAUAGUGAACAAGGCGCAUCAAGCGAAUCAACUUUAUCCAUACGCGAUAUCUCUCAUAGAAAGUGUGCGUACUUACGAGCGCACUCUAGAAAAGAUACGAGAUAAGGCGUCAAUAAUACCUCUAGUGGCGGGUCUGCGGCGCGACGUACUGAACCAAGUGUCGGAGGGCAUGGCGCUGGUGUGGGAGUCCUUCAAACUUGACCCCUACGUUCAGAAGCUGAGCGAAGUCGUUCUCUUGUUCCAAGAGAAGGUGGAAGAUCUGCUGGCGGUGGAGGAGCAGAUAUCAGUGGACACGCGGUCGCUGGAGACGUGCCCGUACUCCGCGCAGAGCCUCGCCGACAUCCUCAGCCGGCUGCAGCGGGCCAUCGACGACCUCUCGCUGCGCCAGUACAGCAACCUGCAUCUCUGGGUGCAGCGCCUCGAUGAAGAGGUUGAGAAGAAAUUGGCGGCUCGUCUUCAAGCAGGAAUCGAUGCGUGGACUGCGGCUUUGUUAGGCAAGGCUAAUGAACUGGAUUUGUCUAUGGAUACUUACUCGCCCGCGGAGCCGACACACAAGCCUGGUGGAGAACCACAGAUUGCUCGCGUGGUGCACGAGGUGCGUAUCACCAACCAGCAGAUGUACUUAUUCCCGUCGCUGGAGGAGGCGCGCUUCCAGCUGAUGCGGCAGAUGUUCGCCUGGCAGGCCAUCGUUACCAGCCUACACCGGCUGCAGAGCACCAGAUAUCAGGUGGGCGUGGCGCGCACGCAGACAGUGACGUACAGAAACUUGCUGACAAAGUUGCCGGGCGGCUCCUCGCCAUUGGAGAACGCGUACGACGCUAUCGAGCAAAAGAUAUCGCAAGUUAGAGAAUACGUCGAUGAAUGGCUACGUUAUCAAGCACUAUGGGAUUUGCAGCCGGAAACUUUGUAUGGUCGCCUCGGAGAAGAUAUCACUCUUUGGAUCAAGUGCCUCAAUGAUAUUAAGAAGUCUCGCACGACGUUCGACACGUCGGACACGCGGCGCGAGUACGGGCCGGUGGUUAUCGACUUCGCGCGCGUGCAGAGCAAGGUGGCGCUGAAGUACGACGCCUGGCACAAGGAGGUGCUCGGCAAGUUCGGCGCGCUGCUCGGCGGGGAGAUGGUGCAGUUCCACGCGCGUCUCGCUAAGUCGCGCGGACAGCUCGAACAGCAGACCAUUGAGGCGGCUUCUACAAGCGAUGCGGUCUCUCUCAUCACUUAUGUGCAACAGCUGAAGAGAGAAGUGUUAGCUUGGGAGAAACAAGUCGACACCUACAAGGAGGCACAGCGUAUCUUAGAAAGACAGAGAUUCCAGUUCCCAACUCAAUGGCUACAUGUUGAUAACAUCGAAGGUGAAUGGAGCGCGUUUAACGAGAUUAUGCGUAGGAAGGAUUCUUCUAUACAAACACAGGUGGCAUCACUCCAACAAAAGAUCGUAGCGGAGGACAAGGCGGUGGAAAGUCGCACGAUGGAGUUUCUUGGCGAAUGGGAACGCAAUAAGCCGACUGACGGCUCCACGCGGCCCGAGGACGCGCUCGCUCGUCUGCAGCUCAUGGAGACUCGCUACACCAAGCUCAAGGAUGAACGGGAUAAUGUCGCUAAAGCCAAGGAGGCUCUCGAGCUACAUGAUACGGGCAGUUCAGUGAACAACGAACGCAUGACUGUGGUGAUGGAGGAGCUGCAGGACCUGCGCGGCGUGUGGUCCUCGCUCAGUAAGAUCUGGACGCAGAUUGACGACAUCAGGGAGAAACCCUGGCUCUCCAUACAACCAAGGAAGCUAAGGCAACAACUGGAAGCCAUGUUGAACGAGCUCAAAGAGCUGCCGGCGCGACUCCGCAUGUAUGACAGCUAUGAAUAUGUCCGCAAACUGCUGCAAUCGUACACCAAGGUGAACAUGUUGAUAGUGGAGCUGAAGUCUGACGCGCUGAAGGAGCGCCACUGGCGGCAGCUGUGCCGAGCGCUGCGCGUGGAGUGGGCGCUGUCGGAGCUGACGCUGGGCCAGGUGUGGGACGCGGACUUGCUGCACAACGAGCACACAGUCAAAGAUGUCGUCUCCGUCGCUCAGGGAGAGAUGGCGCUGGAGGAGUUCUUGAAACAGGUGCGCGAGUCGUGGCAGAGCUACGAGCUGGACUUGAUCAACUAUCAGAAUAAAUGCAAGAUCAUCCGCGGCUGGGACGACCUCUUCAACAAGGUGAAGGAGCAUAUCAACAGCGUUGCUGCCAUGAAGCUAUCGCCCUACUAUAAGGUGUUUGAAGAGGAGGCUCUGACGUGGGAAGAGAAACUGAAUCGCAUAAAUGCGUUAUUCGACGUAUGGAUAGACGUGCAGCGCCGCUGGGUCUACCUCGAGGGCAUCUUCAGCGGCUCUGCUGAUAUCAAGACUUUGCUGCCUGUCGAGACCAGCCGCUUCCAGAGUAUCAGUUCCGAGUUCCUGGGGCUGAUGAAGAAGGUGAGCAAGUCCCCGAUGGUGAUGGACGUGCUGAACAUCCCCGGCGUGCAGCGGUCGCUGGAGCGGCUGGCGGACCUGCUCGGCAAGAUACAGAAGGCGCUCGGAGAGUACCUCGAGCGCGAGAGGAGCAGCUUCCCGCGUUUCUACUUCGUGGGUGACGAGGACCUGCUGGAGAUCAUCGGCAACAGUAAGAACAUCGCCCGGCUGCAGAAGCAUUUCAAGAAGAUGUUCGCCGGCGUCGCCGCCAUCAUACUCAAUGAUGACAACACCAUUAUAAACGGUAUCGCUUCCCGUGAAGGCGAAGAGGUAUACUUCACAUCGCCGGUGUCGACGAUCGAGAACCCAAAGAUAAACUCGUGGCUGUCGCUGGUGGAGCGCGAGAUGCGCGUCACGCUGGCCUGCCGUCUCAAAGACGCCGUCUCCGAUAUCAAACAGUUUAAAGACGGCAACGUUGACCCGCACAAGUUUAUUGAAUGGUGUGAUAAGUAUCAGGCUCAGAUAGUAGUGCUAGCCGCUCAGAUCCUGUGGUCAGAGGACGUGGAGAACGCGUUGGCCAACGGCGGUGGUGACGGCCUCAAGCAGGUGCUCACCCACGUCGAGAAUAUGCUCAACAUCCUCGCAGACUCCGUGCUGCAGGAACAGCCGCCGCUCAGGAGGAGGAAGUUGGAACAUCUGAUCAACGAGUUCGUGCACAAGCGCACGGUGACGCGGCGGCUGAUCGCGGCUAACGUCACCAGCGCGCGCUCCUUCGAAUGGCUCUGCGAGAUGAGGUUCUACUUCGACCACAGGAACAAUGAUGUGCUACAGCAGCUGACUAUCCACAUGGCGAACGCGAAGUUCCUGUACGGGUUCGAGUACCUGGGCGUGCAGGACCGGCUGGUGCAGACGCCGCUCACCGACCGCUGCUACCUCACCAUGACGCAGGCGCUGGAGGCGCGCCUCGGAGGGUCGCCCUUCGGACCGGCUGGUACCGGUAAGACGGAGUCAGUGAAGGCGCUCGGCAACCAGCUCGGCCGCUUCGUGUUAGUGUUCAACUGCGAUGAGACAUUCGACUUCCAAGCUAUGGGAAGAAUCUUUGUCGGUCUUUGCCAGGUUGGUGCUUGGGGUUGCUUCGACGAGUUCAAUCGUCUAGAGGAGAGAAUGUUGUCGGCCGUGUCUCAACAAGUGCAGACCAUUCAGGAAGCAUUGAAGAGCCAUCAAGAAGGUGACAACACCGCUAAAUCGAUAACUGUAGAACUGGUGGGUAAACAAGUACGAGUAAGUCAAGACAUGGCGAUAUUCAUAACGAUGAACCCCGGGUAUGCUGGCCGCUCCAACCUGCCUGACAACCUCAAGAAGCUGUUCCGCAGCCUCGCCAUGACCACGCCUGAUAGACAGCUCAUCGCAGAGGUGAUGCUGUUCAGCCAAGGCUUCAGGACUGCUGAGAAACUAGCUAUGAAAAUUGUACCAUUCUUUAAAUUGUGUGACGAGCAGCUGUCAAAUCAAUCUCAUUAUGACUUCGGUUUGCGUGCCUUGAAGUCAGUGCUGGUGUCGGCCGGCAACGUCAAACGUGACCGCAUACAGAAGAUUAAGGAGAAUCUAGUAGAUCGCGGUACUGAAGUGCCGGACGAGGCGUCCAUUGCCGAGUCCCUGCCGGAGCAAGACAUCCUGAUACAGUCGGUGUGCGAGACGAUGGUGCCCAAGCUGGUCGCUGAAGACAUUCCCUUGCUGUUCUCAUUGUUAAAUGAUGUAUUCCCCAAUGUUGGAUAUACCAGAGCCGAAAUGACUGGUUUGAAGAACGAAAUUCGCGCGGUUUGCGCUGAAGAGUUCUUGGUUUGCGGUGAAGGUGAUGAACAAGGAUCGACUUGGAUGGACAAGGUGUUGCAAUUGUACCAGAUCUGUAAACUGAACCAUGGUUUGAUGAUGGUUGGUCCAUCUGGCAGCGGGAAGUCCACGGCCUGGCGUGUACUACUGAAGGCAUUGGAAAGAUUUGAAGGUGUCGAAGGCGUGGCUCACGUGAUUGAUCCGAAGGCAAUGUCAAAGGAAACCCUCUAUGGUGUUCUCGACCCUAAUACUCGUGAAUGGACUGACGGAUUGUUCACACAUAUCUUAAGGAAGAUAAUCGACAACGUUCGUGGUGAGAUCAACAAGCGUCAAUGGAUAAUAUUCGACGGCGACGUGGACCCCGAGUGGGUGGAGAACCUCAACUCGGUGCUGGAUGACAACAAGCUGCUGACGUUGCCCAACGGAGAGCGGCUGUCCCUGCCGCCCAACGUGCGCGUCAUGUUCGAGGUGCAAGAUCUUAAAUACGCGACGCUCGCUACAGUGUCGCGUUGCGGUAUGGUUUGGUUCUCACAAGACGUACUCACCACUGAGAUGAUAUUCGAGAAUUAUUUGUUGAGGUUGAGGAAUAUUCCAUUGGAGGAUGGUGAAGAAGACUCAUUCAGUAUCGUAAUGGCAGCUCCGACCGCUGGAGGCGAUCAAAAUGCCACGGAAAAUAUACUAUCGCCCGGCUUACAGACUCAACGCGACGUAGCCGCGAUCCUACAACCGUUGUUCUACGGCGACGGCCUCGUGGUGAAGUGCCUCGAGCGCGCCGCAUCUCUCGACCAUAUAAUGGACUUCACUCGCCACCGCGCGCUCUCCUCCUUACACUCGAUGCUAAACCGCGGCGUUCGCAACAUCCUCGCAUACAACAGACAGCACCCGGACUUCCCUGUUACAAACGAUCAACUAGAAGCCUACGUGCCUAAGUGGCUGGUCUACUCGCUGUUGUGGUCCUUCGCGGGUGACGCUAAACUGAAGGACCGAAAUGAAUUGGGUGAUUUCAUACGAUCCGCGAGCACUAUGGUGCUGCCAAACUGCGGUGCUAAUCAACACAUUAUUGACUUUGAGGUAUCGAUAACCGGGGAAUGGGUGCCGUGGUCAGCCAAGGUGCCUCAGAUCGAGGUGGAGACGCACAAGGUGGCGGCGCCCGACGUGGUGGUGCCCACGCUGGACACGGUGCGCCACGAGGCCUUGCUGUACACCUGGCUCGCUGAACACAAGCCCCUGGUUCUGUGCGGUCCGCCUGGCUCCGGUAAGACGAUGACGCUGUUCUCUGCGCUACGAGCACUCCCCGACAUGGAGGUGGUCGGCCUCAACUUCUCCUCCGCCACCACGCCGGAGCUGCUCCUGAAGACCUUCGAUCAUUACUGCGAGUAUAGGAAGACGCCCAACGGUGUUGUGCUGGCUCCCGUACAGCUCGGUAAAUGGCUAGUGCUGUUCUGCGAUGAGAUCAAUCUGCCGGACAUGGACCAGUACGGCACGCAGCGAGUCAUCUCCUUUUUACGUCAACUCCUCGAGCACAAGGGUUUCUUUAGGGCGUCAGAUCAUUCGUGGGUGCACUUGGAGCGUAUCCAGUUUGUGGGCGCGUGCAACCCGCCCACCGACCCGGGCCGCAAGCCGCUCUCGCACCGCCUGCUCAGACACGUGCCUGUUAUAUACGUCGACUAUCCCGGAGAAACUUCAUUAGAACAGAUCUACGGCACGUUCACGCGCGCCAUGCUGCGCAUGCAGCCAGCUCUGCGCGGGUACGCGGAGCCGCUGACGCAGGCCAUGGUGCAUCUCUACCUGGCGUCGCAGGAGCGCUUCACACAGGACAUGCAGCCGCACUAUGUGUACUCGCCUAGAGAGAUGACGAGAUGGGUGCGCGGAAUAUGCGAAGCCAUCAGGCCUUUGGACAAUCUCAGCGUUGAAGGACUGGUACGUUUGUGGGCGCAUGAAGCAUUGCGUCUCUUCCAAGAUCGUCUUGUUGAAGACUCCGAGAGGCAAUGGACUGAUGAAAAUAUUGAUACUGUCGCUAUGAGAUUCUUCCCAGGUAUCAACAAGGAUCAAGCUUUGGCUCGUCCAAUCUUGUACAGCAACUGGUUGAGUAAAGAUUAUGUGCCAGUUCAAAGAGACCAACUUCGGGAAUAUGUCAAAGCUCGCCUAAAGGUGUUCUACGAGGAGGAGCUGGACGUGCCGCUGGUGCUGUUCGACGAGGUGCUGGACCACGUGCUGCGUAUCGACAGGAUCUUCCGCCAGCCGCAGGGACACCUGCUGCUCAUCGGCGUCUCCGGCGCCGGCAAGACCACGCUCAGCCGAUUCGUCGCCUGGAUGAAUGGACUCAGCAUAUUCCAAAUAAAAGUGCACAACAAGUACACGGGCGCGGACUUCGACGAGGACUUGCGUUCAGUGCUGCGGCGCGCGGGCUGCCGCGAUGAGAAGGUGGCCUUCAUACUGGACGAGUCCAACGUGCUCGACAGCGGCUUCCUGGAGCGCAUGAACACUUUGCUGGCUAACGGAGAGGUGCCCGGAUUAUUCGAGGGCGAUGAGUUCGCAGCAUUGAUGACUCAAUGUAAGGAAGGCGCGCAGAGAGAAGGACUCAUGUUGGAUUCUAACGACGAAUUAUAUAAAUGGUUCACCGGCCAAGUGAUGCGCAACUUACACGUAGUGUUCACAAUGAACCCCUCCUCUGAGGGCCUGAAGGACCGCGCGGCCACCUCGCCCGCGCUCUUCAACAGAUGUGUGCUCAACUGGUUCGGAGACUGGAGCGAUGGCGCACUAUUCCAGGUGGGCAAGGAGUUCACGCGGCGCAUGGAUCUGGAGUGCGCGGAGUAUGUGUCGCCGGCGGAGUUCCCCGCGGCGUGCGGCGAGCUGGGCGCGCGGCCCUCGCACCGCGACGCCGUCGUCAAUGCCUGCGUCUAUGUGCACCAGACGCUGCACCGCGCCAACGCGCGUCUCGCCAAGCGCGCCAACCGCACCAUGGCCAUCACGCCCAGACACUACCUGGACUUCAUCCAGCAAAUGGUGAAGCUGUACGCGGAGAAGCGCGCCGACUUGGAGGAGCAGCAGCUGCACCUCAACGUGGGGCUCGGCAAGAUCGCGGAGACGGUGGAGCAGGUCGAGGAGAUGCAGAAGAGCCUCGCCGUCAAGUCGCAGGAGCUACAAGCAAAGAACGAAGCGGCGAAUGCGAAAUUACGUCAAAUGAUCAAAGAUCAGCAUGAAGCGGAAAAGAAGAAAGUGGAAAGUCAGGAAAUUCAGGUUGCGUUAGAAAAGCAGACAAAGGAAAUCGAAGCGAAACGUCGAGAUGUGAUGGCGGACCUCGCGCAAGUGGAGCCCGCUGUCAUUGAAGCGCAAAACGCCGUCAAAUCUAUUAAGAAGCAGCAUUUGGUGGAAGUGCGCUCUAUGGGGAACCCGCCGGCGAUUGUGAAAGUGGCCCUCGAGUCGAUAUGUCUGCUGCUCGGAGAGAAUGCCACCGACUGGAAGGCCAUCCGCGCCGUCAUCAUGCGCGAGAACUUCAUCAACAGCAUCGUCUCCAACUUCUCCACCGAGGACAUCACUGACGAUGUCCGCGAGAAAAUGAGGACUCGCUACCUCAGCAAUCCGGAUUACAACUUUGAGAAAGUAAACAGAGCAAGUAUGGCUUGUGGUCCUAUGGUCAAAUGGGCUAUCGCUCAGAUUGAAUAUGCGGAUAUGUUGAAGCGGGUUGAACCUUUACGUAAUGAGUUAAAGGCACUAGAAGACCAAGCUCAGACCAAUGUGACUGCUGGCAACGACGUGCGAGAACUCAUUGAACAGUUGGAGAAAUCUAUCGCCUCGUACAAGGAGGAGUACGCACAACUCAUCAGCCAGGCACAGGCUAUUAAAACAGAUCUUGAAAAUGUACAAGCAAAGGUGGACAGGUCGAUAGCGUUACUGAAGAGUUUGGUGAUAGAGCGCGAGCGCUGGGAGGCGAGCUCGGAGACGUUCCGCUCGCAGAUGAGUACCAUCGUCGGUGAUGUGUUGCUCUCCGCUGCGUUUAUCGCAUACGGUGGCUACUUUGAUCAGCAUUACCGUCAGCACCUGUUCUCUACGUGGACGAGUCACUUAGCGGCGGCUAGCAUCAAAUACCGCGCGGACAUCGCGCGCACCGAGUACCUGUCCAACCCUGACGAGCGGCUGCGCUGGCAGGCCAACGCGCUGCCCACUGACGAGCUAUGUGUUGAAAAUGCCAUCAUGCUCAAGCGCUUCAACCGCUAUCCACUAAUCAUAGACCCGUCAGGACAAGCGACGGAGUUCAUAAUGCGAGAGUUCAACGAACGCAAGAUCACAAAGACCUCAUUCCUUGAUGACUCCUUCAGGAAGAAUUUGGAAUCGGCGCUACGUUUCGGCAACCCCCUGCUUGUUCAGGAUGUGGAGAACUACGACCCCAUCCUGAACCCGGUGCUGAACCGCGAGCUGCGGCGCACGGGCGGCCGCGUGCUCAUCACCCUCGGCGACCAGGACAUUGAUCUCAGUCCAUCCUUCGUUAUAUUCCUCAGCACAAGGGACCCGACGGUGGAGUUUCCGCCGGACAUGUGUUCGCGUGUGACGUUCGUGAACUUCACGGUGACGCGGUCGUCGCUGCAGUCGCAGUGCCUGCAUCGCGUGCUUAAAGCGGAGCGCCCAGAUAUCGAUACCAAACGAUCUGAUCUACUCAAACUGCAAGGCGAGUUCCAUCUUAGAUUGCGACAACUGGAGAAGUCUCUGCUGCAAGCGCUCAAUGACGCGAAGGGCAAGAUUCUGGACGACGACUCCGUUAUCGCUACGCUAGAGACACUCAAGAAGGAAGCCGAUGAUAUUGGACAGAAGGUGGAAGAAACAGACAAGGUUAUAGCUGAAAUUGAAACCGUCAGUCAGCAGUACCUCCCGCUAUCACAAGCGUGCAGCAGUAUCUACUUUACUAUGGAGUCUCUAAACCAAGUUCACUUCUUGUAUCAAUAUUCGUUGAAAAUGUUCCUGGACAUCUUUAGCUCUGUGCUGGUGUGUCCGGCGCUCAGCGGCGUCACUGACUACACCGCGAGGUUGAAUACCAUCACCGAGGAACUAUUUACGGCGGUGUACGAGCGCGUGGCGCGCGGCAUGCUGCACACGGACCGGCUGACGUUCGCGCUGCUGCUUAUCGGCUCCGCGGAGGGAUUCAACCAGGCCGAGCGCGCCAUCAACACUGCCUGCAAGACCGGACGCUGGGUGAUGCUGAAGAAUGUGCAUCUGGCGCCGGUGUGGCUGGUGCAGCUGGAGAAGAAGCUGCACUCGCUGCAGCCGCACCCCAACUUCCGGCUGUUCCUCACCACGGAGAUCAGUCCCAAGCUGCCCGUCAACUUGCUGCGCGCCGGCCGCGUGCUCGUGUUCGAACCCCCGCCCGGCAUUCGCGCCAACUUACUCCGCACAUUCGCCACGGUACCCGCAGCCCGUAUGAUGAAACAGCCAUCGGAAAGAGCAAGAUUAUACUUCCUAUUAGCCUGGUUCCAUGGCAUCGUGCAGGAGCGGCUGCGCUACGUGCCGCUGGGCUGGGCCAAGUACUACGAGUUCAACGAGUCCGACCUCCGCGUGGCCUGCGACACGCUCGACACAUGGAUAGAUGCCACCGCUAUGGUACGAUUUCAUCAUCUCCCCUACCUUAUCCUACUUCCUUGUCCAUGGGCGUCGAAUCAAGUAGCAUUUCGCGAUCCGCUGCUCGCGAGCGGCAACCAGCGUCACAUCACGAUGCCGGACGGCAACCGGCGCGACCACUUCCUCAAGUGGAUAGAGGACCUCUCCGACAGACAGACGCCCUCCUGGCUGGGGCUGCCCAACAAUGCCGAGAAGGUUCUACUGACUACUCAAGGCAGCGACUUGGUCUCCAAGUUGCUGAAGAUGCAGCAACUAGAGGAUGAGGAGGAGCUCGCUUACAACGCCGUGCAAGACGAUCCUAAUGCUAUAGUGGUGGUGGGCGACGGGCGUCCGGCCUGGAUGAAGACUCUGCACCAGACAGCCACGGCUUGGCUCCAGCUCUUGCCCAAGGAGUUGCCGACGUUACGGCGCACCGUGGAGAACAUCAAGGACCCGCUGUACCGGUUCUUCGAGCGCGAGGUGGCGGCCGGCGCCGCGCUGCUGCAGCAGGUGCUGCACGACCUGCGCGCCGUCAUCUCCAUCUGCCAGGGCGAGAUGAAACAGACGAACGAGACGCGGUCGAUGGUGGGCGCGCUGGUGCGCGGCAUUCUGCCGGCUACGUGGCGGCGCUAUGCGGUGGCGCGCGGCUGCACGGUGCAGCAGUGGACGGGAGACUUCGCCUCGCGCGUGCAGCAGCUCGCCGCCGUCUCGGAGGCGGUCGCCGAGCGCGGCGCCAAGAGGCUACAGAGUAUACCCAUUUGGUUGGGCGGUCUGCUCAACCCCGAAGCGUACAUCACGGCGACGCGGCAGUGCGUCGCGCAGGCCAACUCCUGGUCUCUGGAGGAACUGCACUUGCAGGUGACAAUACCCGACCCUGGAACGCCGACGGAGAACGCGCAGACGGAGUGGUCGUUCUCAGUGACGGGGCUGAAGCUGCAGGGAGCCACCGUCAAGGGCAACCGGCUGCUGCUCACCAACACCAUCAUGAUGGACCUGCCCAUCACCGUGCUCACAUGGGUCCGUGGUCCCGAGGAGCCGGUGACCAGUCAGACGCUGACGCUCCCGGUGUACUUGAACAGUGCGCGUUCAGAGCUACUGUUCACUGUGCGGCUCUCCAUCGCGGCGGGACAGGAGCAGCACGCGUUCUACGAGCGAGGCGUAGCCCUGCUAACAUCCACCGCACUUAACUAAACUCACAACACUCAAUAAACUAACAACACUCAAUAAACUAACAACACUCAAUAAACUCAACACACUUAAUAUGGUAUUCACCCAAUAAUUUCACAUCAGUAGACCACAAUGUUAUAUAGAUUAUUCUGAGAAUAUAAUGCUCUUUUAUAAUAUAAGAUAAAAUGUCGAUAUUUGUUCGAAUCAUAUUUGCACUUUUGUUUUUAUAUAGAAAACAUUAUUUAUAUAAUUUAAUAUUAUAACCAUUAAUGCAUAUUCAAACUACAUUAUCAUUAUCACACUGAAUAUUUAAAGCAUGAAAUAAAAUAUAAUAAUA